GGGAUAAAAAUGGGAAAAAAAGAGUAAAAAACCGCAAACAAAGCAGACUCAGCACUCCUAUUUGUAGUGAAAGGCCUAAAAGCAGCGCACAAGCUGCCAGUGAUAUGAAAAGGGCGAGAAAAAGAGAAGACGAAAAAAGAGGCGCUUGAGAGAGAGAGAGAGAGAGGAGAUGCAGAGGCAAGAUGAAACGACGUCGUCGGGGCUGUACGGAGGGGAGAGAGGUGCUGGCGGCAAGUUCGGCAAACCUCCAUCACGGAAGCCGCACGCCACUCCCUAUGACCGGCCCCCGCCCAAUCAAUCCCGCUCCGACAACGGGCGAGGUGGAGGCGGCGGCUGGUUCUCCAAGCCCGUGAAUUUGGCCUACCGCCUAAUAUCCGGCGGCGCCACAAGGAUGUUGCCGUAUUUCUUCUCUAAAUCGCCUUCCACUGAUGUUCUUCCGACCUCCGAUGACCAGGAUCACGAUAAAUUGCAUACUGAGGUGCAGGAAGAUGCCAAUAAUGACAGAAAGGGCACUUUAAAUUUUGAAAUAUCCAGAUCUGCUGGAGUUGCAGGUCCUAGUGGAACUGCAGAGGGAGCUAAGCCUGUUUCUGGUUUUGAUCGGCACAUACAAGAUAAACAGGACAACCUACCUGAUGAUAGCGGGCUUUCUGAAAUUGAGCAGCUGAUGAAAGGGAAAAAAUUUUCUAGGGACCAAAUUGAUCGCCUAACAGAGAUACUGUAUUCAAGGGCAGCUGAUCUUUCUAAUUUUGAGCGGGAAAAGAAAAAUCCAAUUGUAAAUACAGGAAGAGAAGCUGAAGGGAAUCUCAAUGCCCAUGAAAUUUCAAGAAAAUCUGUGGAAGUAAAGCUGGACUUGAACAGAUCUAUUUGGGGAGUCUCUACUCCUCUUCCCUCGUCAACUAUACAAGAUGAAGUUGGUGCUUCACCUGUUGAAAUUGCAAGAGCAUAUAUGGGAACUCGAACAUCAGAAAUAGGACUUGGUUCUAAGAGCAUAAUAGCAAAAGAUGAAAGAACUUUCCUACAUAGUGAUGAUAUUGCAUCAAAUCCGUUUAUUGCAUCACCUUCACCAAAGCCACCUAUAUGCUGGCCAGGUGCUAUGGUACAGGAUCAACGCAGUUAUUUAACCCCACAGGGUCAAAGAAGCAGAUUAGGAGUUAAUAAUUUUCCCCGAACUCCCUAUUCUAGAACUAUUUUUUCAAAGCCCCACUCCAAGUCAACUCAAUCACAAGCUGAUAGCAGUAGGCACCUAAACACUCCAUCAACGCCCUUGCUGCAAUCACAAUCUCCCAUUUUUGAACAGGUGAAAUCAAGGAGCAAUGUGUUGGAUGAUGGCAAUGGAUCUGUAGGGCCCAUUCGUAGGAUAAGAAAUAAGACUGUUUUGAGAACUCCCCAAGGACCUUCAUUUUCUCAUUCUGCUUUACAUGGGCCUGCACUGGUGGAAAAUUCUGAUGCAUCCAAAGGCUUCUUCCCUGAUGUCAAGAAGAAUUUGCAACCUGGAGCAUCAAGUAGCACUUCUAAAUUUCUGUCACUAGACAAUAAGCCACACAGCAACGAAGUCAGUGUUCCAACCGUUCAUCCACAAUCUUCUCUGAUGGCUCGUAAGAUAUUGGAGCACCUUGAUAGAAAUCCACCGACCCCCAAAGAAAAGUUGGAUGAAUUAAAGCUAGCCACUACAUGGAAGAAACCCUCAUCUUCUGAAGUUGCUACCACAAGUGAAAAUACCGGGAGUGAACACAGAAGUAACUCUCUUUUCAAAGUUCAGCAGCCAGAAAGGAGGGCCAAUGAAGCCACUGAUUCUGUAAACAAGAACGCUUCAGUGUCCAACAUAGUCUUUGGCAACACCACUACAAAACAUAAUGAAAAUGCAGGGCCUUCAUUAGUUUCCAAAAAAAGUCUUGAUGUUCAAAUCAAGAGUCCACAUGAGAAGGCUAUCAUGGGGUUCCAUGAUGGGAAGCAGAAUGAGAAAAAUCAGCUUUGGCCUCUUCAAAUUCAAACUAAUGGGCAGCAUACAUCUAAGAUGGUUCACUUUGGUGCUGGGUCUGAAGUACCCAACCUACAAAAGAAGCCCCAACCUCAGGUUUUGGGUAUUAAACCGAUCUUGACAUCUAUUUCCAUCAACAAACCUGAUCCAAGCACAAUUUCUUCUAAUAAUAGCUCUGGAUUUACAUUCCCUGUUUCUGCUUCUUUUGGUGUACACUCUGAGCCACCAACUCCAUCAAUCAUGCCGUUAUUCUCAGCCAGCAGUGUUCAUCAGCCAAAGGAGGGACAUGCUAUUCCUUCAUACAGUUUUGGCUCCAAGAGCUCUAACCCAGCUCUUGUUUUCUCUUUCCCCUCUACGAGUAGUGCCUCUGUCCCUAAUGAUGCUUCCAACCUCAAGUUCAACUUCGGAUCCGAUCAGAAGACUAGGUUAUCUUUCAGUUCAGUAGGGAAAGAUGCCAUCACUUAUGUCAACUGAAAUAGUGUUUAAAUAUUAGUUUUUUUUUUUUUUUUUCUUUUUUCCUUGUUCCUUUUUAUCUUUUUUAAUAUACCUCUUAUGGGAAUAAGUCGAUUCUUUUUUUUUGCUUUUGUGUGUGUGUGAAGAAUCCUGAGUUCUAGCUCACAUGCUAUUGCCACUCUUUUUUUCCCGUUCUUUACUUUUCAUCUUUUUAGAUGUUUGAUUCGAAUUUUAUUAGCUACAAAAACGGAGAAAGAUUGGUGCAUUUAGCUUAUUUGCUUUAUUUUCUGAUCAGUUUGUGUUUUCUUGUAAGUGCUUCCUCUGAUUUUAUUCCUUGAAAAGGAAGGCACUAAGGGGCUGUUGUUCGCGUGAUUCUGUGAAAUCAGAGCAUCCCCAUAACUUCAUGAUCAGAGGCUGUAAUGUGACCAAUGCCAUUAGAAAUCAGAGCCAUCCCCAUGGCCCAUGGUACCCACCGUUAGAGCCUCAAAAGAAUUUUCUACUUUUGUUCCCUAAAACACUCCGCUUUAGUGGUUUCUGAUAAUAUCAAUGUGUCACCCAUGCGUCAGAACUUGUGAUUCUAUUCUUUUAAGUGGGACUAUGUUUGGUAUACGUUUUUUCAUCUGCAAGGACACUAGGUUGGGAUGGCUGUGACUUGGGUAGUUGAUAUUUUGGAAUCACACUGCACGCUUUAAUUAAAUAAAAAUACCCUUCUGUAUAUGAAAAAAUAGCAGGUUGUUUGGUGGUUGCCUCGAUCAAGUGGUGACGUGGAAACCACCUCUGACUCUGAUGAGAUGUUAAGGUUUACAAAUCUAGGAUUCUUGAUGAGAAACAUGAAAUGAUGAUCAUAGAUUUUAUUGUCUGUAAGGAGUAAGGAGUAAGGAGUAAGGACUAAGGAGGGAGUCAAGCAAACAAAACUAUAUAGAUUAGAUUCCUCUUUGUCUGAUGAGUGCUGCCUGUAAUCGAGUUUUUCUCUCCUUUAACUCCUAAUAAUGGUUUUUAUUUAUUUUUAUUUUUUAAAUAGAUGUGAAAUAAUAUUUUAUUCAUAUUAAUUUUUUUUCUAUUUAUAAUGUUGAUAUUUCUUUUAUAUCAUGGAUUUUAUUCCUUUUCUCUGUUUUUAUUUCUUUAAAAAAUUGAUUUUACCCAUUUAGGAAAAUUUUAAAAAUACCAAAUUGAUAAAGGAAUGUUAGAAAAACCUUAAAGAAUGUUUUAUUUGGGCUUAUGCAUAUUUGUUGGGAUUGAGGAUGAGAUGAGAUGCCUCAUGUUGAAUUUUCAUUUUAGAUUUUUUAAUAUCUUUUAUAUAAUUAAAAAAAUCAUUUUAAGAAGAGUAAUUAUUCACCCAAGUAGUAAAUGAAGAGACAUGAAACCCAGGGUAAAGUCGACAGUUUUAACGGGCUAGGGGUGAAGUGCGAUUUUAUUGAAACGACGUCGGUUUGAUAACGGAACGCGCCCUCGCCAACUGGGCUUCGCUCCUAUAUACGCGUUUCCUUUCUAGGACUUCGUCUACUACCGAGCACCUCUCUGCUACUUUCUUCAUUUCCAAUUCUCUGAUCCUUACCCUCCGCCGUUCCGUUCAGGGUUCCGGGGCCCACUAAGUCCGACGCCUCUUAUCUCCAUUUUUCUUUUCGGAUCGAAUCCUCAUCUUCUUAGAUCUACCACCAUUCAUGGCUCCCAGCACCAUAAAAAAAGCAAUCGGAGCCGUCAAAGACCAAACCAGCAUCGGCAUAGCCAAAGUCGCCGGCAACGUAGCGCCUGACCUCGAAGUUUUGAUCGUCAAGGCCACUAGUCACGACGACGAUCCCGCCGACGAGAAGUACUUGAGGGAGAUCCUCAACCUCACCUCUUAUUCCAGAGGAUACGUGAGUGCCUGCGUUGUCACCAUCGCCAAGCGCCUCGGCAAGACUCGGGAUUGGAUGGUGGCGCUCAAGGCGUUGAUGCUCGUUCACAGGCUUGUAUCCGAUGGAGAUCCAAUCUUCAAGGAGGAGAUCGUCUACGCCACGCGAAGAGGUGCUAGGCUCUUGAAUAUGUCUGAUUUUCGCGAUGAGGCGCACUCGAAUUCGUGGGAUUAUUCGGGGUUUGUGAGGACUUAUGGCUUGUAUCUUGAUGAGAAGCUUGAGUUUAUGGUGUAUGAGAAAAAAUUGAGUCCCGGUGGUGACGACGACCGACGACGACGUGAUGAGUAUGGAGAUUAUAGAGAUGAGCCCAUGUAUGGAAUGCCGCGGAGAUCUAGAUCGUACGGGGAUUUGAAUGAAUCUGCUGUGAGGGAGCAGAAGGAUGUGGGGACGCCAGUAAAAGACAUGAAGACAGAGAGAGUUUUGGGGAAAUUGAAUGGUUUGAUGCGGAUUGUUGAUCGCUUUUUGGCUUGUCGUCCCACCGGUGUGGCAAAAAAUAGUAGGAUGGUACUCGUUGCGCUUUACCAGAUUGUGAAGGAGAGUUUUGGGCUAUAUGCUGAUAUAUCCGAGGCAUUGGCGGUGCUGCAGGAUCGGUUUUUUGAAAUGGAGUAUGCAGAUUGUGUUAAGGUUUUUGAUGCACAUGUGGGUGCUGCGAAGCUGAUUGAUGAACUCGUGGGGUUCUAUAAUUGGUGUAGGGAUACUGGGGUGGCGAGGUCUUCAGAGUACCCGGAGGUGCAUAGAAUUACGGACAAGGUUUUGGGGUCAAUGGAUGGAUUUUUGAAAGACAAGGGGAAGUCAUCCAAAAGUCCUGAGAGGAGGGAGGAGAACCCACCAAUAGUUGAGGAGCGGGAACCAGAUAUGAAUGAGAUAAAGGCUCUUCCUCCGCCUGAGAAUUACAGUCCACCUCCACCCCCACCCCCACCCCCAUCUGAGCCACAACCCAAGCCACAGCCUCAACAGCAGACGGAAGACUUGGUGAAUUUAAGGGAUGAUGCAGUGUCUGCUGAUGAUCAAGGCAACAAAUUGGCGUUAGCCUUGUUCUCAGGGCCUCCAACUUCUAACAAUAAUGGAUCAUGGGAAGCAUUCCCAUCUAAUGGAGGGCCGGAGGUAACAUCUGCAUGGCAGACACCCGCCGCUGAGAGUGGUAAAGCAGAUUGGGAACUGGCUUUGGUUGAGACUGCUAGUAAUUUAUCAAAGCAGAAAAAUGCUAUGGCAGGUGGCUUUGAUCCAUUGCUGUUGAAUGGCAUGUACGAUCAGGGAGCAGUGAGGCAACAUGUGAGCACUGCUCAGCUGACCGGGGGAAGUGCAAGCAGUGUGGCACUCCCUGGACAGGGCAAGAAUGCUACACCAGUUCUAGCACUGCCUGCACCGGAUGGGACUGUCCAAGCAGUGGGUCAUCAGGAUCCAUUUGCAGCAUCGCUUGCAGUGCCACCUCCUUCAUAUGUGCAGAUAGCUGACAUGGAAAAGAAGCAGCACCUGCUUGUGCAGGAACAGCAAGUUUGGCAGCAGUAUGGAAGGGAGGGGAUGCAAGGCCAAGUGGGUUUGGCCAAGAUUGGUGGGCCUGGUUACUAUAGCGCAGCUGCUCCACAGCAAAUGAUGCAAAUGAUGCCUUAUGGGAUGCCACCAACCAAUGGCAUGGUGCAGCCAGGAGGGUACCAGUACACACCUUACUGAAUUGGCUUUGACAAGGAACUGCUUUUAUUCAUGCUACAAUGCACAUAAGUAUGUAUAUCAUACAUCAUAAUUUUUUCUGUUGAUUGCCAUUGUUAUUAGUAUGCAUCUGACCGGAAUGAACAGAGUCACAGGAGUUUGAGAAUACAUAAAAGAUACUAUACUAUGCACAAUGGAGAUUUGAUAUUUUUUUUCUUUGUGGUUUGAAAUCUCAUUCUGUAAUUGUCAUUCAGAAAGAUGUUGGAUGUUCAGCCGCU